UUCCAGCCAUUACAAUGAGCCCGUCAUCCUAUAGCUCCUCCCACCAGACUCCUCUGGCACACACACACAGACAGGUUUUCCACAUAGGCAUGCAUAGACCAACUUUAAUACCGAUGAAGACACCUCCUUCAAGGAAAGGGAAAUGGUUAUUAUGUUGGCUGAAAUGAAACUCAAGGGAGAAAGUAAAUUAUCCCCAUAUGAGCCCAGAGUAAAGGAAGAUCACAUCAUCUGAAAGAUUAAAGGAAUCCAGCUCCAGACAUGGCCUCCUUUUCCUUCUCCUCUGUCUCUGUCUACAAGGACACCCCUGUUCUGAUCGAACAACAUCUCAAGUGCUCUAUUUGUCUGGACCUGUUUGAAAACCCAGUCACCACCCCCUGUGGCCACACCUUCUGCCAGUCCUGCCUGGACCGCAACCUCCAAUUGAACGACAACAUAUGCCCCCUCUGCAAGGAGUAUCUGAAGAGGAACCCAAAGGUGAACAUCAUCCUCAGGACCCUAAUCCAAGAACUGAAGAAGGCCCAGGAAAGGAAGCCAGGGGAGUAUUCCGGAGCCUUGGGCGAGGUGGCCUGUGAUAUCUGCACUGAGAAGAAAUUCAAUGCCCAUAAGUCCUGCCUGGUGUGCCUGGCCUCAUACUGCGAGACUCACCUGCGAACCCACACCUCUGCAGAUAGGCUGAAGGGCCACAGGCUGGUGGCCCCCGUGGAGGACCUGGAUGGGAGGGCCUGUCUGACCCACGGUCGACCCCUGGAGCUGUACAGCAGGGCGGAGGGGCGUUGUGUCUGUGCUCUCUGCAUGGAGGAGGGUCACGAAGUCGUCUCCACAGAAACGGAGUGGGACAAGAAGAAGGGUGAGCUGGUCAGCAGCCAAGCUGAGAUGCAGGAAAGGAUCCUGGAGAGAGAGAGAAAGGUGGAGGAGAUCAGGGAAUCCAUGGACCUCUGCAAGGCCCAACUGGAUAGGGAGAGGAGGGAGAUAGACUCUGUGUUUGAAGUGGUUAUGAUAGCUGUAGAGGAGACCCAGCGAGAGGCUCUCAGGCCCCUGGAGGAGAGGCAGCAGGAUGUGGAGAGAGAGGCAGGAGAACUCACCCAGGAGCUGCAGAGAGAGAUCAGACAACUGAGAGACAUCAUCGAUCAACUGGAGGACGUUGCUAACCUAGAGGAUCACAUUCACUUCCUGCAGACCUUCCCAUCUCUGUCAUGGCUGGGUGAUGGUAGAGACUGGACUGAGGUCUCUCUUGAUACCAAAGUCUCCUUUGGCACCAUGAGAAGCAGCUGUUCAGCCAUGAUGGAGAAAAUUGAACAGGAGCUUGAGAAGCUCUCCUCGAUUGAACUUGAGAGGAUCCUAAAGUUUGCAGUUGAUGUGACCCUGGACCCAGACACAGCCAACAUACAGCUGGUUCUCUCUGAGGACGGGAAAGAGGUGAGAGACGGAGGGAAGAUACAGGACCUCCCUGACCGUCCAGAUCGCUUUGAUCACUUCGGCAGCGUCCUGGGGCACAACAUGUUAACCUCUGGGAGAUCAUACUGGGAGGUGGACGUCGGGAACAAGACGGGUUGGGAUCUGGGAAUAGCAAGAGGAGACGCCAACAGGAAGGGGAAACUCUCUGUGAAUCCUACUAAUGGUUACUGGGCAAUAGUGCAUUAUAAUGGGGCCCAAUAUGGAGCCUUGGGGGAUCCUCCUUUUCUCCUGUCACUGAGAGAGAAACCUCAGAAGGUGGGGGUGUUUGUGGAUUAUGAGGAAGGGUUGGUGUCUUUUUAUGAUGUGGAUGCUAAGGCUCAUAUACAUUCUUUCACUGGGUAUUCCUUCACUGGGGAAAUGUAUCCAUAUCUCAGCCCACAUCUUCUGAAUGGGAAGAAGAACUCAGAUCCACUGGUCAUCACAAACACAGGCUGAUCACUCAUUGUUUGGCCUUGAAGGUGAAAGACUUGCUUCAGGCUGGGAUUAGGGCUACAGCUAGGGUUAGGGUUGGGUUAGGAUCAGAUACAAAUAUUGUAUUUUUUCACUUUAUUACACAUAGAAAUAUUUGAAUUAUUAAUACAUAUACAGUGCCUUCAGAAAAUUCACACACUAUUUCUACAUUUUGUUGUGUUACAGCCCGGAUUUAAAAUUAAAUUGAGACUUUUUGUCACUGGCCUACACACGAUACCGCAUAAUGUCAAAGUGGAAUUAUA